AUGGGCACACUCUUUCCGCCAUGGCCAAACAUUCUAUUCGGGGUGCUCGAGCCCAUCUCACUAGCCCUCGGCAGCCUGUAUCCCCUCCACGACCUUGAGGGGUUCAUCGCGGGCCAAACCCCGAAAGCCGCAACAGCGCCAGUCUUCCAUCCCAGCAGCAUGGCGCUGGCCUACCAACUCGGCAACUUGUACUCGCUGCUCUUCCUGGUUGGCGUGGCUGUGAUGUACAGUACCAACGAGCCCCGCGUGUUGCGGAAUUAUGCAGUCGCGCUGGCUAUCGCGGACAUUGGACAUGUCUACGCUACAUAUCUGGCGAUGGGCUGGGAGGCGUUUGUGGAUGUUGCUGCGUGGAAUGCGCUGACGUGGGGUAAUAUCGGAGUCACCGGGUUUCUCUUUGUCAAUAGGGUCGCCUAUCUAUGCGGUUUGUUUGGUCCUACGAGGGCGCCUAAGGCGGUUGGGAAGAAGGCCUGA